AUGGCAAUCCAAAAGAAGCACGGCAAAGGUCGUCUCGAUAAAUGGUAUCGUUUGGCAAAAGAGAAAGGCUAUCGUGCGCGCGCGGCGUUCAAAUUGAUACAACUGAAUAAGAAGUACAAUUUUCUGGAAAAGAGCAAAGUGCUAAUAGAUCUCUGCGCUGCUCCAGGAUCAUGGUGUCAAGUUGCCGCAGAGGUCAUGCCCAGUGGCAGCCUCAUAGUCGGUGUGGACUUGUCGCCCAUCAAGCCCGUCCCAAGAUGCAUCACGUUCCAAAGCGAUAUCACAACCGACAAGUGCCGCGCAACGUUGCGGCAGCACCUUAAGACCUUCAAAGCAGACACUGUACUUCACGACGGAGCUCCGAAUGUUGGUACGGCUUGGGUCCAGGACGCUUUUUCCCAGGCGGAGUUGGUCCUACAGUCCAUGAAACUAGCGACGGAAUUCCUUUGCGAGGGUGGAACAUUUGUGACCAAAGUCUUCAGAUCAAAAGAUUACAACCCUCUGCUUUGGGUUUUCAAUCAGCUAUUUACCAAAGUCGAGGCAACAAAGCCUCCGUCAUCUCGUAAUGUCUCCGCCGAGAUCUUCGUUGUAUGCCGGGGCUACAAAGCACCCAAGCGGAUAGAUCCUAAAUUCCUCGACCCUCGAUCUGUCUUUGCAGAACUCUCUGAUCCUACACCGAAUAACGAGGCAAAGGUUUAUAAUCCAGAAGUAAAAAAGAGGAGGAGAGAGGGUUAUGAAGAGGGUGACUACAUCCAAUUCAAAGAGGUUCCUGCCAGCGAAUUUAUACACACUACGGACCCAAUUGCUAUGCUAGGAUCACAUAACAAACUUAGCUUCGAUCAGAAGCCAAACGGUGACAUUGCUCUUGCCACUCUCGAUAAGCUUCCUGAAACAACGCAGGAGAUUAGAGACUGCUGUGCGGACUUGAAGGUAUUAGGAAGAGCAGACUUCAAGCGCCUCCUGAGGUGGCGAUUAAAAGUGCGAGAUAUAUUUGGCUUCUCAAAAAAACAAAAAGAUGCACAGGCUGCAGAGCAAGAUGAAGUUGCCGAGGUAGAGCCUAUGGACGAGGAAUUGAAAAUGCAAGAAGAAAUCCAACAGAUGAAGGAUAGAGACAACGCUGUGAAGAAACGAGAAAGAAGAAGAGCGAAUGAAAAGAGAACGAAAGAGAUCACUCGGAUGCAAAUGGGCAUGACGACGCCUUUUGACAUCGGCCUAGAACAAGAAGGCCUCCAAGGAGCCGACUCUGUCUUUGCUCUUAAGACUGUUGACAAGGCUGGUGGUGUGAAUAAGAUCGCCAGAGGAAAGAUGCACACUAUCUUGGAUAGUGACGAUGAUGAGCAUUCCAAGUUGGAGGCUGAAGACGAAGAUGAGGAGAGCGACGAUGAGCAAGAUGCUCUUGAGAGGGAGCUUGAUGCUGAUUACGAGGCGUACCAAGAGCGACGAGCAAUGGUCGAUACAAAAUACCGAGCCAAAAAAGCAAGGCGGACUUUCAAGGAAGACGAUGAGGAGUUUGAAGGCUUCUCGGAUCGGGAAACAGGUGAUACCUCGGAUAAUGAUCACAUCAUGCGUGAUGAAGACAGCGGAUCUGAGAGCGAUACCGAUGAAGAUGGAGAGCAACAUUUAAUCACAGACCUGGACGUGGAAGCCAAGGCUCCAAAUUCUCUCAGCAAGCGCGCGCAUAUGUUUUUUGAUCAAUUUGAAGGUAUAGACGGCCUGGAUGAUGAGGAAAUGGACAGCGGAAUCGACGUAGACGAGGGCGACGCAGAAUCAUCGCAUGCAAUAUCGGCUACACAAUUGCCGUCUAGGCCAAAGAAGAAAUCAGAACUAAGAUCGACAAUCCAAGUAACGAAGUCCGAAUUAGACCAGACAAUCGAAGCGAGAAAAUCACAGACAGAGGAUGACGACUGGUCGUCUGAUGAUGAUGACUCGAAUGGCUUCGAAACAGUCAAACGCAACGAGACAGAGUGGGAGGCAGGUGCGACUCCCAUGAAGAAUGGACGGCCAGAUAUCGACAUCAUCACAGCUGAAGCCAUGACUCUCGCCCAGCAGCUUGCCACUGGCAAAAAGUCAAAAUACGAUAUGCUCGAUGAUGGUUUCAACAAAUAUUCCCUUCGCGACGUUGACGGCUUGCCCGAAUGGUUCCUCGACGACGAGAAUCGCCACUCCAAACUCCAAAGGCCCAUCACGGCGGCAGCAGCAGCAGUAAUCAAAGAAAAGAUGCGCGCCUUGAAUGCUCGACCAAUCAAGAAGGUCCGGGAAGCCAAAGACCGAAAGAAGUUCAAGGCUGCGCAACGACUGGAGAAGCUGAAACAGAAAUCUUCCAUGCUGAUUGAUGACGAGGGCAUGACGGAGAAGGAGAAAGCUUCCAGCAUCUCCAAGCUGAUGGCCAAAGCAAAGAAGAAGAAGCCAAAGCAGCAAGUCAAAGUCGUUGUGGCAACUGGUAGGAAUAGGGCGAAUCCAGGGCGACCGAGUGGCACGAAGGGUAAAUACAAGAUGGUGGAUGCGAGGUUAAAGAAGGAUGUCAGGGCGGAGAAGAGAUUGGCGAAGAAAAGGAAGUAG